AUGCUCUUUCAUCGCUGCCUCCGACCCGCCUUGGCCGCCAUCGGCUGCAUCGUCUUGUCCGCAGCCGCCUUUCCUAUUACCGCCGGCAGGGGAAACUACUUCGCCAAAACGCCGGAACAGCCGUCGCAGGCCCUCGAGCUUGGUGGCGUUCUGGGGAAACGUGGCGUGGCUUUCUUGCCCUUUGCACACAAGCGGGCCUUGUCGAUCGAAGAACCGCCGCAGCUUACGGAGCGAAGCAAAGAGCGCUCCCACCCGGACCAUAUCGCCUACUACGUCCGGCACUUCAAGCCCAACCCGAAGUUGAAGCCACUUGCCUUUGUGCGUCGAGGCCCGUACUACGCAGACGUGUCGUUCUACAAGGGCAUCCCGGUCUUCUUUCCCAGCACGGACCCCACAGCCUUGCAGCGAGAACAACGGGCGCUUCGUGAUUUCGGCAGGUUCUUCGUCUCGGCAAGCUCGCGAAAGCAUCCGACCAACACCGAGAUUCUGCUAGUCGACAAGACCGGUCUCGUCACAGUCGCGCCCAAGGAGGCCAUCUUGCAACACUUUGCGCGCAAGAUGUCGGUCGUUUCCGAGGACAAUCGCGUCGCUAAAAUGAUCGAACUCGGUCCGGGUUUCGCCCCGCGCAACAGGAUAAGCAGCCUUAGGAACUUGGUCUUAGGCUACAGGACUCCGAAAAUCAAGGACGCCGCGACGUGGGACCACCUGCCUGUCAAACCCGGAGCAAGCGAGCCGUGGCUCGACACAGGGCAUGCAUAUAUAGAAGCGCUGUUUGGAAAGGCGCUCCUCCUAGCCACUGAAAACACCAGUCCGCCUACAUUCGUUUCCUUGUUCCCGCUCUUCAACAUGCUGUUUACGCCUUGGUUGCGGGCGGCCUUGGCCAUUGGCUGUUUCACUGCCCAUUCUAUCGCCGUUUCUCCUAGCUCGUCAAGCUCGGACGCUGGAACUAUUGCCUCUGGCGAUGAUGGUCCCGAGGCACUUGGCCAUCACUCAGAUCAUCGAGAGUCUCUGCAAAAGCGUGCAGGCAGGAACCCUUGGAGUGACACGAUCGACUACUACGAGUACCUCUUCACGCGGAACCCGCGCCCUCAACCCACGCCCCCAGGCUUACUCGACGAUUACUACGCCGACACCCUUCACUACGGCCGCACUCCCGUAUUCCUGGCACGCGAAGGCAAGGUCGACAUGGCGCGACAGGCCUUGGUUGAUCACGGCUCGUUCUGGAUCGUCGGCGACCCGGUCCGCAGCCGGGAUGAGCCGAUCCCAGCCUUCCGCCGGCUUGCCAACGGCCAAAAGGUCACGGAGGAGAAAGAAGCGGUGCUCGACCGCCUCUACCAAGCGCGUCAUUUCGGAGAGGCGCAUGGCGACCUCGCCAAGAAACUCGCUUUCGGCGCCCCCUUCGCGCCGGCUCGGCGACACACUCCAAGCGGUGCCGACCUCACUUGGCAAGAGGUGCGACAAGAUGCAAUCACCCUCAACACGAACGAAUUCGACAUCCGACAAGCACGUGCCCUACUCGCCCAGCAUCGCAUGCUCAAGCUGCACAAUCCCGACACCGGCUCGACCAUCGGCUUUAAGCUCAACGAAGAAGGCGAGGUUCUCGUCAGUGUGUUCAGCCGCGCCGGACGCCACUUGGCGAAGCGUGGCUUUAACUGGACGCCGAGUCAGAUCGAGUACUACACUCAGACGUACAAGGAGGACCCCUCACUGAAGCCACUGCCUCGUGCCGCGAGGGGACCGUAUUACGCGGAUGUAAUCUUUUACCAAGGUUAUCCCGUCUUCUUCCCCACUGGCGACCCCACCGCGAUCCAGCGAUCCAAGCAGGCGCUUCAGGACUUUGGCAAAUUUUACGUUCCAGCUUCGGCCGACGGCGCUCCUGGAGACAAGAUUUUCCUGGCAGUGUCCAAGGGCGGAAAAGUGAGAGCUGCUAACGCUCAGGGUGGCAUUUGGGCUUUGCUGAUGCGAGCAGACAGCCGAAGGUACCCGAUGGACCCGGUGGAGAAGGCGCUCACCCUCGGUCCGUCGUUCUCGAAGCGCAAGAGGCCCAGUGGCUUCUGGGGCUGGUUGAGGGGCUACAAGACCCCGAAGUUCCAAGAGGUCGUCCAGACUGCCGAUGUUGUCGGCGCGCAGAACGCGCGCAUCCCAGACCUUUGGACGAAGCUCGAAAACCAGGGACGCCUCGUCGUUAAGAACGGCGAGUCUUACACUGCUUACGUUCUGGACAAGAGUGGCAGAGUCCUGACGCACAAAUUCUGA